CGAUCGCUUGGACAACGCUACUUCUUUCCUUUUUGCUGGCUGCUGCUGCUUGCGAAGCAAUGCAACCCCCCAUUGAGGCAGCCCCGCCUGGAUGGACGCAUUGUGGGUGGUGUGGAGACCACCAUCGAGGAGUAUCCCUAUCAAAUCUCGCUGCAGCGCUCCUAUCACAUGUGCGGUGGUUCCUUGAUUGGUGAACGUGUCGUUCUAACUGCUGCCCACUGUGUGGACAGCUCCACAACAUUCAGCGCCAAGGUGCGGAUUGGCUCCACUCGCAAAGAAACUGGCGGAGUGCUGGUGCCGAUCAAGCGUGUGCAUCGCCAUCCAAAGUACAAUUCCCAGAUCAUAGACUACGACUUUGCGGUGCUAGAACUGGAGCAGUACAAUGCGUCAAACAUAACACAGGCAUUUGUGCAGUUGCCGGAGCAGAACGAUGACAUAGAUGAUGGAACACUCGUCACCAUCUCCGGCUGGGGCAACACACAAAACUGGGAGGAGUCCGAUGUAAAUCUGCGUGCCGUCAUCGUGCCCAAGGUGAAUCAAACGCUGUGCAAUGAAGCCUACACUGGCAGCAUAACAGAUCGCAUGCUGUGUGCUGGUUUGCGUGAGGGUGGCAAAGAUGCCUGUCAAGGAGAUUCGGGUGGUCCUUUGGUUGCUCAGGGUAAGCUGUGGGGUGUGGUCUCCUGGGGCUAUGGCUGCGCGCGUCCAGAAUAUCCGGGUGUGUACUCCAGAGUGGCGUCAGUGCGAGAUUGGAUUGCUUCUGUUAGCGGCAUUUAAGGCGAAGAAGACUGUUAAAUUACAACAAUAAUCAAAAUACAAACUUUGAAAAAUGCAAUUUUU